AUUGUGAAAUGUAAAAAACCACAAGAAAAUCAAACAGAAAUUCUUGUCGUUCACCAGAAAGCCGGCUUAUUUGGUAAAAAUGAGAGCGUACAGACGGCUUUGUAAUUAUGCUACAGCGGCAGUAAAACAAGAAACGCAAUAUCAGAUUCCGAAAGCUGCACGCACGGAGAAGAAAAACCCGGGAGACCAUGACAGUCAGGAUGUAUCAAAAUUUUAUACCAUAGAUCCAAAAACUAUUAGUAAUAUAUUUCAUACGGGUGGUAUGCCAAAACCUUUCACCGAACAAACUAAAAUGUUUGCCGAAACUGCCUUGAUGAUACGAAAGCCAGCGUUGGAAAUUAUUAACAGUUUGAAGUCAACCGAUUUUCAAAAACCAGCUGUUCGAUAUUUAUUGUAUGGCCAAACUGGUAGUGGUAAAUCACUCAGUCUUGCUCAUAUACUCCAUUAUGCUUACAGCUCAAAAUUCAUUUUAUAUCACAUCCCUUAUGUUCCAAUAUGGCUUAAAUAUGAUCGUAAAGAAGUCAACUGGUCAUCUUCCAAGAAUGGUAUGGCCGACAUACCAUUAAUAGCAGCUCAGUGGUUAAAACAUUUCAUGCAUCAAAAUAAGACUUUAUUAGAUGAACUCAAUCUUACUACGAGUCAAGAUUAUGUUUGGAGUCAGCGAGAAACUACACCCAAAGGAACUACACUAAAUGAAUUAAUUACACAUGGUAUAAAUAGAGCUAAAUAUGCAUGUGACUGCAUGGAUAUACUUCUGAAUGAGUUGAAAGCUCACUGUUCAAAUAAUAAAUGCAAAAUGUUAGUGGCAAUAGAUGGAUUUAAUGCAUUCUUCAAUGAGAAAACUGAUUUGAAAACAGAAGACAGGGUUAAAGUAACUCCACAACAAAUCACUAUGGUCCAAACAGGAUUAUCAGCCGUUCUUUCUGAUUGGAAUAAUGGUGCCAUAGUUAUGGUCACAUCACCUAGAGCUGCUUUAAACACAAGAAGAGAGUCUCAUUUACCCAUUUACCUCAUUGGCCGACAAGGAUUUGAACAUAUUGAUCCAUUUAUUCCAGUGAUGGUUCCAGAACUUUCUAAUGCAGAAUUUAAUAACAUGUUAGAUUAUUAUGAAGAAAAAAGAUGGUUACAAAAAACUGGUGGCAGAAAAGAGCUAGAAUUUCUAACGUCCAAACUACCUGCUGAAUUAAUGGCUAGAUGCGCACCAUUGUAAUAAUAUAUAUUCUUUGUUUCUUGUUAUUAUUUAAGUAGGAUAGACUUUUCUAUACAAUUGAUUUUUGUGGAAAUGUAAUUAAGCAUUAACAUAUAUUAUCAUAAUAAAAAAAUGAAAAAAUAA